AAGAAGAAGAAGAAGAAGAAGGAAACCUGACAGCUUUGUUAGGGAAAGCAGCAGUCCAGAAGGUGGCAGUAAUGCACCUAUGAGCUGGUUUGCCCACCGUCAAUGAACUCCAAAGAAGAAGGAGACGAAGAAGAAGCAGAAGAAGAAGAAGGAGUCACAUCUGCGGGUCCACAGGUCCACACUGUUGCGGAAGCACCUCGGUUGUUUACUGCUCGGCUCUGAAGAGAAGUGACUCCCUAACAUUUAAAUACUAAAGAUGAAAAAACAGGACACAGAAGAGUCUGCCCCUCAGAGCGGGGAGGAGGCUUCACCACCCACAGGGGGGGCCAGGUCACCUGCAGCUGCUAAAGUGGACUCGGAAAGUGACAGGCCCAAAGAGUCUGAACCACAGACAGACGCACCUCCACAAGGUGAUGAGGUGGGAAGCAAAGUAGAUGCAGUGGCAGCACUGUCUCAGUGUGACAUGGCUGAGGAAUUGAGCAGGCAACUGGAGGACAUUCUCAGCACCUACUGUCGUGAAAGCCUUUCUGACAGUGCCAGCACCCUGCCCAAUGGCCAGUUACACAGCCCAGAACUCAAUGGCCUAACCAAUGAGAAGGAGGACGAAAAACCGGGGGAGGGCAAAGUCAAUGGAGCAAAUAAUGAGAUAGAGAAGGAGCAAAAGAAGACUCAGGAGAAGAGGAAAGUAAAGGGUCUGGGAAAAGAGAUCACUCUUCUCAUGCAGACUUUAAAUACACUGAGCACCCCGGAGGAGAAGCUGGCUGGCCUUUGCAAAAAGUAUGCUGAGUUGCUGGAGGAGCACCGCAACACCGAAAAGCAGAUGAAGGCGCUGCAGAAGAAACAGAACCAGCUGGUCCAGGAGAAAGACAACCUGAGAACUGAGCACAGUAAGGCCAUCCUGGCCCGCAGCAAGCUGGAGAGUCUCUGUAGAGAACUGCAGAGACACAACCGUACUCUCAAGGAGGAGGGAGUGCAACGAACACGGCUAGAAGAGGAAAAGAGGAAAGAGGUGACCGCCCAUUUCCAGCUGACUCUGAACGACAUUCAGGCUCAGAUGGAGCAGCACAACGAGAGAAACAGCAGCCUCCGACAAGAGAACACAGAGCUGGCUGAGAAACUGAAGAAGCUGUAUGAGCAGUACAAACUACGAGAAGAGCACAUAGACAAGGUGGUGAAGCACAAAGACCUUCAGCAACAGCUUGUGGAUGCCAAGCUACACCAGGCCCAGGAGCUGCUGAAGGAGUCUGAGGAGCGCCACGACAGAGAGAAGGACUUUCUGCUGAAUGAAGCCGUGGAGUCUCAGAGGAUGUGUGAGCUGAUGAAGCAGCAGGAAGUUCACCUCAAACAGCAGCUGUCACUGUACACGGAGAAGUUUGAAGAGUUUCAGACCACUCUGUCCAAGAGCAACGAGGUUUUCACCACCUUCAAACAGGAAAUGGAGAAGAUGACUAAAAAGAUCAAGAAGCUGGAGAAGGAGACCGCUGUGUACCGGUCCAGAUGGGAGAGCAGCAACAAGGCUCUUCUGGAGAUGGCAGAAGAGAAAUCUGUGCGGGACCGUGAGUUUGAGGCACUUCAGAGUAAAGUCCAUCGCCUUGAGAAGCUGCGGCGGGCACUGAAAGUAGAACGCAACGAGCUGAACAAGAAGGUUCAGAAGUUUGGGGAUCAGCAAAGUGGAACUGCAACUACCCCCCUCUCCGACCCAGGAACAGACUCGCCUUCACCACAACCAACAGACUCUUUGCUGGAGCCCACUAGCAACCUCGUCCCAGAAAUCACCCCCUGCUCCCAGUCCUGUCACUGUGACCCAGAGCUGGACACGGAGGCUUCAUUAGAAGCGGUCGAGGCUCAGUCCAUAGCUGCACAGGAAUGAGGAAACGCUGCUCACAGCCUUUUCUCAGCGCUCCAGCAUCCAGCAAGCUAAUAGACAGUAAUAUCCCAGUCUGCAAGCCCCUGCUAUCCCUGGAUGAAGCCUAUCUGAAACAGGUCGCGAGCAGUUUAAAUCCCAAGGUGGACUUGAGUCCUAUCAGCAUGCUCUGCAGGUUCUUACAUGGAUGAUGAGAGGAUUAUAUAUUUCCACAGAUUCCUUUUUAUGCUGUUUGUUCUCCAAGUUAAUGACAAAUGUAGAAUUACUCCACUGCUCCACAUGUUGCUGUCUGUGUAUAGAAAGAGAUUGAAAGUUUAAGAAGACAGAGUUCAGAUAUUAACAUGACUUUGUACAUAAUGACUCAUAAAGAUACGUUACAAGUUAUCCAACAACCAGGCCUUCCUUAUCUUAAACAAAACGACUGUGUUUCAAUGAAAACUGCAGGCAUCUGUCCAAAUCUAUUUUUUCAGUUCUUUAUGUAAAUGCCCAGACCCCCUCUGUAUGCAGUCCACUACAUGAACCACAGACUAACAGGUGUAUGCCACAAUCAUCAAAGGAUGAGCGUUUAAUGUGUGUGUGUGGCCACACGGUCUCAUGUUCAGUUCCCAUCAGUGCUGGUGUGAAGAUCUGGAACCUAGAAGAACCUGUGUGUAUCUCUGUCAGGUGUGUUUCUGUCACACAGGCAGUUUUCAUGUUUGUUUUCAGUGUGAAUGCUUCAUGUCUUUGGUGUCUUAUUGUUAGCUCUGUAUUUAUUGUUUGUCUUUGCUGCAUAUGGAUCCUACAGAGCACCACUAAGACGUAGAAAUGCAAAUAUUAUGUAACCCAGAAAUGUAAUGCAGUUUGGACCAAUCUUAAACGCUUCUUUUCAUUCCUUUUAUUCUAUAGCUCUUGGAAACGUGUUUUAGAAAGUUUUGAUUCUUAUAAUGUCGACCACUUUAACCCUGUUCAACUUCAUCUCCUGUAUGCAUACUGUUCUGUACUUUGCUUUUUUGGAAGUGUGGACCACAUGACUAUGAUUGUCUCCUCCCAGCCCUAAUGAGUGCAGUAGCUUGGAAUCAGAUUGAACAUCAGAACGCAGAGAAAGUCAAAGACAUCUAUGCAAAACUUGUGGUUUGAUUCUGUGGCAGCCAAAAGUAGAAGAAGAAGUAUAUUCAGAAUAUCCUCUGCCCUGCAUGAAUGUAUCGCAUAAACAGACAGCACGUCUCCCUGCAGAGAUCAGUCUCUGCUUUGACGCUGAACGUAACACAGUCCCUGUUGAUUUUCAGAGAUGGGGGGGUUGACGGAGGCAAGUUGGAAUAUAGAAGCAUUUUAAAACACACAAUUGGACUAUUGAAUUGUAUCCUCUCUCCCUAAGGUGUGUGUUUUCCUCUGACAUUCCUGUGUGGUACUUUGUGUGUAGCAUUGGUAUUAAGGUGUCAACUUAAAUAGAAAUGGGAAACCUAAUGUCUUCCUGUGUUCCCAUGGUGAAUGUAAAGGCUUGCUAAUCAUGAGGAGGAACCAAAGAUGUCCCCAUAGUCAUCUUUUAGAGUAUUUCUGUUUAGUCCUGCAUAUUUUGUUCAUUGUUAAAUAAAAGAUGUAAAAGUUGA